AUGACUUCAAGUCCAGAGAAACCAGCAGCUCCCCAACGAACAAUAGCAGAUCUCACGGAAGAACAAAAGCAAGAAAUUCGUGAAGCUUUUGAUCAAUUUGAUACUGAUGGUUCAGGCUCAAUCGAUGCAAAAGAGCUUAAAGUUGCUAUGAAAGCCUUAGGUUUUGAACUACCACGCGAAGAAAUAAAGAAAAUGAUUACAGCUGUUGCAGGUAAUGCUGUUUCGGCAAUUGACUUCAAUCAAUUUAUGGAAAUGAUGGGACAAAAGAUUCUCGAUCGUGAUCCAUUAACAGAAAUCCUCAAGGCUUUCGAUCUAUUCGAUAAAGAUCAUAAUGGUUCAAUCUCGCUUAAAGAUUUGAAGGCAGCUACAAUAGAAUUGGGAGAAAAUCUUACAGAUGAUGAACUCCGUGAAAUGAUUCGUGAAGCUGAUCGCGACUUUGACGGUGAGGUUGGCAAAAACGAAUUUGUUGAAGUAAUGAAGAAAUCUGGCUUAUUCGGAACGUUUGAUGAUGAAACUUCUCGUGGAACAGCACGUUCAAAGAAGUAA